GAGAGAGGGAGAGGGAGAGGGAGGGAAGUUUUGGGACUCUGCUGGAAAGUAGAAACCCUCUCAGAAGGAGGUGUGACUCAGCCGUGGAAGGACGAGCAACUCCUUCACGCGCGGAUGGAAACUGCUGGAGUCAUGGAUCAAUCAACCAAGUGUAUUGAUUACAGCAGCAUUCAACUGAUUAGAAGAAUCUACUGAUUUAAAGAUCAUCGGAUCGGUUGGACGAUCGAAAACCUUGGUGACUAAUUUGAAGCCAGAUCAACUGCUUUCAGGUCUGAUUGGAAGCCUGAUCCAGUGAUUUCAAGUCUGAUUAACCGAUCGGAAACCUGAGAAAAGUCUCACUCAUUUGAUGCCUUAAUUGACUGAUUUAACACUUGAUUGGUUGAGUCUGAUUGAGAAUUGCUUGGAAUCCUAAUUCCUUAUUGGAAGUCUGUCAGUUUUGACCCCUGGUUAGAAGCAAUUGAUUGACUUAUUGGACGCGAUUGAUUGGAAGCUGUGUUUGCGUGGAGUGUUGUUGGUGCCAGGAUGAGUGCAGCCGGGGAGGUGGUGUGUGAGGGCUGGCUCAGAAAGUCACCCCCAGAGAAGAAGCUCCGCCGCUAUGCAUGGAAGAGGCGUUGGUUUGUGCUGCGAAGCGGUCGGCUGAGCGGGGAGCCGGACGUCCUGCAGUACUUCAAGAACCAGCAGUCCCGCCGGCCAAUCAGGACCAUCAACAUGAACCUGUGUGAACAGGUGGAUGCCGGCCUGACGUUCACAAAGAAGGAGCUGGAGAGCAGCUUUGUCUUCGACCUGAAGACGGAGGAGAGGACCUGGUACCUGGUGGCCGAGUCUGAGGAGGACAUGAACCGCUGGGUGUCCUCCAUCUGCCUGCUCUGUGGCUUCAACCCGACUGAUGAUGUCACAGCGAAACUUCCUGUGUCUGGCUCGUCCUCCAACACAGCGAUGACCCCGACCAGUGGCACUGUCUCAAUCACCAUGGUAACAGGGUCAGUCCCACCCCCCUACGACCCGGUGAGUGUGCGAAACCUGGAGCACGAUGGAAAUGCAGAAGAAGACUACCUGUGGUUAUCACACUGCCAGAGUCACAUCAGGCCUCCUUUAGGUUCCUCCACCUCUCUUGAAACGGACUACAACGACAACCUCUACCCUCCUCCGUCCACCAACUCCUCCUCCUCUUCCUCCUCCUCCUCUCCUUCCCUCCUUUCCAAUGGCCUCCCACUUCCAUCCUCCUCCUCCUCCUCCUCUUCCUCCGGCUUCAGGGCAGCCCCUUGGACCGUUGCUUCCAUGACGGGCCCUUUCAGCCAGUCUCAGGAUACCAGCAUGACCUCUGACCUGCAGAGACGAGCCAAGCAAACUCAUUGUCACCCCUCUCCCCAUCCCAGGAAGCACUCCCUGGACUUCCACCUGCGACCCGUUGUGAUACAACUCAGCGAUGACACACACUCUGCAGUGCAUCCAAAUACACACUCAAACACCACCAGUGUUUACCAGAUCCCUCGUCCGGCAUCCGCCGUUCAACCUCAACCCUCUCACCGCCGAUUCUCUACCCCCUGUGUGGACUCCCUAACCCAGGCAGAGCUCCACGCCUCCACCCCAACUCCUCCUCCACGCCCGCCCAAGCCUCAGACCAUACCAGCCCUGGGAGAGGGCUCACGUGUGUGCACCAGGUCAGCCACGCUCCCCCGGUCCACCUCGGAGCCAGAGAGGAGGGAUGGAUAUCUGGAGGGAGGGCUGCUGAGGAGCAACACUAUCACUACGUCAGGACGCACACACAGAGGUUGUAACUCUUCUUACAUCCCUCGGUCUCUGUCCACCCGAGCAAGCAUGUUUGAGUUCAGCGAGAGCUUCAACAGUUACUUCUUUAAUAAAGGCAUGGUACCUCUGAGUAGUGUUUGCUCUGAGGAUGAUGAUGUGGACGAAAACUAUGUUCCCAUGAGCGCUGCCACCACUGAGCCUCCUGUCGCACCAAGGGUGCAUCCACAUCCUCCCUCUGACUCCUCUGUCCAGCUCCAGGAUGCCAACUACGUCCCCAUGACCCCCCUCACCCCUUCCCUUCCUGUCCAUCCCACCCCUGCCACAGGUGACCUAGCGUCCCUGGGAAGGCAAGUCCCCCCACCCGCCCACCUGGGUUUUCGUAAUUCCCCGCUGACUCCCGCCGCUCCCGGCACCCCGCCGCUCCGGAGGAACACCGUGAACCCUGAGGUGAAGGCCAUGCCCCCUCCCAUCCACCGCAACCUGAAACCACAACGCAGAGGAGUUUGUGUCGGUAAGCCUGCAGAGAGAACGGACAUCCAGACUGCUGGAGAGUCGACGCACAAGACAAGAGGGAAACCAGCUCCUCUGGACAUCACUCCAGUGCAGCAGGAUUGGCAGGAAGUCCCGCCCCCUAUUCGCUCGCCUGUCACUCGAUCCUUCACACGAGAUCCAUCCAGUCAUCGGACCGCCAGGCCGCCCUCUGCUCACAGCUCGUCCCCCUCCUCCGACUCCGAUGACACUGAUGACAAUUACGUCGCCAUGACAACAACUCCCAACCUCAGUUUCAGCACCGGCGAGAUGGUAAAACACUCCAUCUCUGAGGCUCAUGCUGCACCGGGCCUCAGAGAGCGGAGUCAGCAGCCCAUUGCUACGGCGAGCCAGAGGCGAGAAACAGGUGGAGUACCUGGACCUGGACCUCCACACUGGGCGAUCCACUCCAACAAGACAGAAACGCUGCACAGUAGAAGGUGGAGGUGGAGGUGGAGGUGGAGGUGGAGGUGGCAGCGAGCAGGCAGCAGUGGGCGAGGAGCGUGCACGGGGCGGGCGUACACGUGUGGACUACGUGGUGGUGGACCCCAAAAGAACCAAGGCCCUGAGGAGCACCAGAGAAGCAUGGCAUGAUGGGAGGAUGUCCACGGAGAAGGAGAAAUGCUAGAGAUGCACAAACACACACAGUCAUGCUGUUCUCAAGCAGAGUUUUUGCUUAUAAACUAGGCUAAUACAUUCCUUACUUCCCUUCUCCUUUCUUAACAUGCUAAAAACUCAAAUCACUGUUUGAUA